UGGCCGCCUCUAGUUGCGAAAUUAGGACGAUCUCGCAUCAACGCGUACUGAAAACGUUUGCUGCUGGAGUUGUGCGUCCGGAGCAACGAUCUGAGCGGCUUGACUUCGCGAUGAAAGUUUGAGCGCCAAGUGCUGCACUUGAUCGCAGGGCUAUCGACGCCAAGGUGUGAAAGAUAUUUCGCAAUGGACUCCGAAGUGUCAACAACGACCGAGUCCUCACAACUAGAGCACGCCGACGAAGAGGCAGCGGCGGUCGCGGACAGCAGUAGCGCGCCGACACAGGGCGACAAUGGAGCCGUCAGUUCCUCGUCAGCGAGUGACAACAACCCGGAGCCUAUGCAAACGGACGGCGAAGCCACUGAUGGGUCCGAGGUGUCGUCGUCCAAAACGGACUCUUCACGCGCGCCGUUCAAAAUGCCGCUGAUCGGACCCAGGCCCGGAAAGCAGAAAGUGCUGAAGACGGGCAUCAAGCCUUUGACGCAGUGCAUCGAACUGCUGACGCCUUCGUCGCCUGCAGGAAGCGGGGAACGUCAGGAGACCGCAGAGUCCGCGACGUCGAGUUCGAAAUCGACACCGACGGAUGUACAGUACAACGAGCCUCCUUGGAGUGGUGUUCCAGAUCGGGAAUACAACUUCCAAGUACUCAAGGCUGGCGUCAUCGUUUCAAACUUUCCGUUGGACAAACCUUACAUUGUCAUUGGUCGCAAGGAUGAUUGUGAUAUUGUUCUCGAGCACCCGUCUAUAUCGCGAUACCAUGCUGUGGUGCAGUUCAGGACUGGGGAGCCGGGAACAUCAGGCUUCUACCUCUACGACCUCGACAGCACGCACGGAACAUGUGUGAACAAGGAGCAAGUGCGAGCUCGCUCUUACAAGCGGCUCCGAGUUGGGUACAUGGUCAAGUUCGGAGGCAGCUCAAGAAACUUCAUACUCGAGGGGCCAGAUGAUGAUCAGGAGGACGAAUCCGACCUGACGGUCACGGAGAUAAAAGAACUGCGCAAGAAGCAGGAAGAGGAGGCUCGGCAGAGAGAAGCUGAAGCUAAGGCUAAAGCUGAGGCCGACAGGGCUAAAGAAGACGAAGGUGGUGUUGACUGGGGAUUGGGAGAUGAUGCGGAGGACGAAGAUCCGUCGUCCGAGAACCCAUUCGCACUGGCAGGCAACAACGAAGACUUGUACAUAGAUGACCCCAAGAAAACUCUUCGGGGUUGGUUUGAACGCGAAGGUUAUGAGUUGCAGUACAAUGUGGAAGAGAAAGGCUACAGCCACUUCGUCUGCACAGUCGAGCUGCCCAUUGACACAGCAACUGGAGCCCCCGCCAUAGCCGAGGCAUCGGUCAAAGGCAAGAAGAAAGAGGCUGUCAUCGCUUGUGCACUCGAGGCAUGUCGGAUUCUGGAUCAGCACGGAGAGCUCCGGAAAUCUUGUCACGAGGCUCGCAAAAGGAAAGAGAAGAACUGGGAGGAGAAUGACUUCUACGACAGCGACGAGGACACCUUCCUCGACCGGACCGGCACGAUCGAGAAGAAGCGCGAGAUGCGGAGGAAGAUGAUGAAAAAAGAGGCCACGGAGGUCGACACGUACGACACCCUGUUGGAGAAACUGCGGAUUGUUGAAGAGCGGAUUGGACAAGUGCAGGCCAAGCUGGAAGAGAGCAAGAGGGCGUCCGAGCGUGCCGAGAACGAGGCUGACGACUCGCUGGAGGCAUUCAUGAACGCGCUGAAGUCUCGUUCGCUGGAGGACAAGACGCAGAGGUCGAGAUGGCGGCAAGAACUAGCUGGCCUGCUGCAAGAGCGGCUCAGGCUCACGCGCGUCGCCAACAUCGCCAAGCCUGCCCACUUGCCACCACUCACUGGAGCAUUGCUAAAGCCACUAGCCAAAGGCGAGGCGCAAGGUUCGAAGAAGGUUCUCCCAAUGACAGGGUCCCUCAAGAACAGGAAAAAAUUGGUCAUGCCCGAGCCCGAGAGAAGAGUUGUUGCAUGCUCGUCUAGUCAGGACGGUGAGGAGGAAGAGGAGGAAGACGAAGAACAAGAAGGAAAUGAAGAUGGAGCCAAGGCCAGCGCAGCUGCCAGAAAUGAUGUCGAAUCCAGCAGCCACAGCACGGAUGUAGUCAUGGAUGAGACGUCGGAUGACAAUGAAAGGCGACAGAGUCAAACGACAGAUGAGCACGACGAGAAGGACGUGGCCAAAUUCAAAGACAAGGCCCCAUCUGAAGAUAAGAUGGAGGAAGUGGAGAAGAAGCCAGUCAUCAUUGGUCCAGAGAGGCCCCCCAUGGUGCUGGAGUUUGUCAAGAAGACGCCUAAGAUUAUCCGGGGGCCUGAGAAGAAGAAUAAAGAGGGCCAGAAAAAGAAGCACUCAUUUGAGAGUUCAGAUGACUACGUUGGGUGGCUUCCUCCCGAAGGGCAAUCCGGGGACGGCAAGACGCACCUCAACGCCAAGUAUGGCUACUAAGCGAAGCCAGCGUGGUCAAGUCAUGGCUGCUUUGUCGUCCUGCACGUCCAUUUCGCAUCACCACUUUUCACAAAGUUGCCAGUGUACAUAAGCAGCACGAAGGAAACACCUAGUAUCAAGAAUAAAGACAUCCUUGUUGGUCAAAA